UUUGUGGUGGUUGCCUGGUUAUGUGAUUCCCAGAGUUACGUCGUAAAGUUAUUGAUAAAGUUGGGCGGUGGCCGCAGAGGUUUUAUCGGCGAGAGUACUUCGGAGCGCGCUGCUGAGUUGUUGUUUCCAUUUUCGUUCGCGGUUAUGUUUGGAGUAACUAAGAGAACGUACACAAUGAAUCGCAAGAGGUGCGCUGUGGAUAUGGCCCGUGAACCCAACAGAAGUGUUGCAGAAACAUGGGAGGAAGUUGCUAUCUCAUUGCAGCAGACAUUCUGCGAAACCCUGGGAGACUCAGACUGGGAGUCAUACAAAAUUACAGAGCACUGUUACAUGCGUCAGAAAGUAGGUUAUGCUCUUUUUGGACCACCAUCAGGGGACGAUUCUGGGGAAUAUGAUUCGUGUAAACUUGAAAAAAUAAAGGAAAUUUGCAAAAUACUCAUUGAACAAGACAAUCACAAUUUCUUAGAGGAAAACUCUGAAACUUGGAUGUCUAUAAUUUUUGUCUGUUUGGCCUUGGAGAAAACCGGAAACCACACUGAGGUGGUAACAGAGCCAGUUUUCAGGGUGCCUAGAUACUGUAAUGAAAAUGAUAUUACAGUUCAUUUCAUUGACCGCAAUGGUCGUAUUUAUGAAAGUUGGAAAGAUUAUUUACAAAAUAACAAGCUUCCAAGCUGUUCAUAUUGCUACCCUAAGGGUGGGGUAUACCACUUAAAUGUAAACCACCAGGUAGAGGUAGAAUUUGGAAAGACUCCUGCAAGCAAACUACCAUCAAAAAUAUGCAACGGUCUUGAUCUUGCAACUACAUUUGUGUCAGCUGGUAACUUUGGGUUAGCCUGUGCAGCAAUGUCUUUCCCAGGAAGUGCACCUAUUUUAGCAACAUCAGUUCUCACUACUGCUGUUUGUAGUGCAUAUGGAAUUGGUAGAAGCGCAAAAGAGAUCAUUGAUAGGAAGAAACACAAAGAAACUAUAGGGUUAACCAACAGUGCAUCACGAAACUGUUGGCUGUCUAUUGUGGGGAAUGCUGUUGGUAUUUUAUCAUGUGGGGCUUCAAGAAUAAUCCCAAAGAUUGCACAAAGUGGGAAUGCAUUGAAUAUGGAAGGAAGAGUGUGUGUUGCUGCACUAAGUGUUACUUCUUGCACUGUUAGUGGAAUUAAUGUAGCCAAUGAAAUAUUAAAUUUGGAUGAGAAAAGAAAGAAAAAUGACAUCCGGCCAUGUGAUGUAGCACAGUUAAUCUCAUCAGUUAUAUUUUUUGGUCAUUCAGUUCUAACUACGAAAACUGCAUUUAAUCUAAUUAGAGAAGCCCGUCAAGGAAGAUUGGAGAAAUUUGUGACAAGUGUGAGAAGUACUAAGUACAGAAAAGUGUUUUCAGAUCUUGCUAGAAAAAUUGUUGGCAAGAAAUCUGAACUUUCUGAAAGCGGCAAGGUAAUCCGCUCAGUAAAAUACAUUGAAGAGUUCGGGGAGUCAUUUUUAAAUAAUGUAGUUGUGUUCAAAUCAGGUUGUAACAGAGCUUCAUACAUCAUUGAUGAGUCUGGAAUCAGAGAGUGUGUUGCGUACUUCAGAGACCUCAUUUUGAAUGCCACUAGGAACUUUGUAACACAUAUGUCUAACAGCUUUCCACAAAUUGGGUUUGGAAACCAUUAUGAGAACUUGACAGCAGCAUCUGGAAAGCCACAAGUUCCUGUAGCAGAUGCUGGUUUCAACCUUCGAGGGCAAAUAUUAACACUUUUACGAGGACUUGGUGAAUUUAACAUACCUCUUCUACUUGAUCUUGGAGUGAAGAUUUUUAGUGAUCUGAAAUACCCACUUGGCAGAAGUAUUUGUGAAGUUCUAAACAUGAUUUACAUGUUUGUGAAGGAAGUAGUGAAAGAUAUGGAAAAUUUGUAUCUAGAGCAGCUACAGGAGGAAAAAAGUUUAUUGGGACCAAAUUUUUCUCAGGUUGAAUUUGACCAAAAAUAUAAAAUAUCGGGGGUGAGAUUUGAAUACUUCUGUUCAGUUGCACUAAAAGCAGUAAACUUAGUAGGAGAAGUCUUUAGCAUGUUAAAAGAGGCCUGUCGUGUUACUUGCCAUAAGGUUGAUAGUAUUAAAUCAGAGAGAGCCCAGUCUCCUGUGUUCAGAGAUCUAGUUAUACCUUGGGAAUAUACAAAUUCCAGUGAAAAUAUGCCAAUAACAAAGGAUCACGCCUUGCAAAUUGCAAGAGAUCUAACUAAUGAAGAUUUGAACUGCAACAAUUCCGUUGUUGCAUAUUCAGAAUCAGAAUUAUUUGUUGUAAUUGAAGAUAAGUCCAUACCUUUAAAUGUUGUGAGAAUAAAAUAUAUAGUUGAAUGUCAGAUAAUUUAUGCUUCAGUUAUGUGCUGAACAAUUCUGGAAUUUGUAACAUUUUGUUUUACAGAAUGAAUCUCUUUAUUUACAUAAAAUGUCUUGUUGAAAUUCAGCUAAUUGAACCUUCUGUUAAAUGCUGAAAAAAAUCUUAAAUUUUUUAGUGUUUUUGUAUCCCAGAAUGAAUCUCUUUGUGGAAAACAAGAUAACUGAUAAUAGAUAAGACAAUUGAUGCUUCAGUUAAGUGAUAAAAAAAUCUUGAAUUUGUAGCCUAAUGUUUUGUUUUAUGAACUGAAUUUUCUAAAGCGAGAAGUUAAGUGCCUUAAACAGCUUUACACAUAUAUUUUGCUAGAUUGUUUCACUUUAUACUACUGAAAAAAAACAUAAAAACAAGCAGAUUUUGUGUGUAUGUAUUACUACUUUUAUUAAUUUGCAGAUGCACAGCCCCCAAAUACAAGAAGUUGCAGUGUCAUAUACACCUCAUUUAAGUAUUCUUUAUGCAGAUUGGGGAUGCAAUAAAAACAAAGUGAAUAAUAUACCUUGUGCUGUGUCUAGCACAUCCCUAAAUAAACUGUUUCAGCAAUUGAUCAAACUACAUUCUCUUGCUUAUGAUUUUUGUGCCUGAUAUGUAAUUACUCUUUCUAAUUAGUUUGAUAUUGAAAAUUAAGUCACAAUGCGAAGGAAAAAAAUCAUAUUUUAUUUGUAAAUCCAUGAUCUGAUUAAUUACAUACUAAUUAGUAAUGAUUUUUCAUUAUGAAUAAGUUUGUUGCUGGGAAAUAAAUCAUAGAAAUAUAAUCUGUA